AUGGCGUCCCCCGCUAGUACAGACACCGUGGUGACGCGGCAGAAGAUUGGCUUUAAAGGCGAGGAAUGGGAGGAAAUCCUCACAACGCAGCGCGACGCCGUCGUUGAGGCGUUCCGUCGCGACACCGCCGGUGCCCUCGGCAUCGCCGUCGACGGCGUAUUUGACGUCCAAGUCCGUGAGAAGAACUUCACGAUGCACUGCUCUAUCCGCCACAGCGCCACCCUGUCGAAGGCGGAUGUGAAGAGGGUGCUGACCACAAGUCCGUACACGGAGGUGUGGAAGUUCUACUUCGCCAAGCGGCGGGAGAGGGAGGCGACGGGGACGGCGGCAACGAAUGGGCGGACGGGGACAAACGGCCAUUCUGCGACGCCGACUGCUGAGCACCGCUACACCAUGUACCUGCGUGGUGAGUACUGGGACUCAUCGCGCCCGCAUUUUGAUAAGACGGUCCUGCGGGCGGUGCAGCUCGACAUAAAGCAGGCGCUGCUGAAACGCAGAACGAGCAGUGAAGUAUCCGAGGCGGUGGUUGGCGAAACACCCGAUGUGGCGGUCACACCCACCAAGGACGGAAUUACCGUCACGUACAUCAUUCCUGAUCUCUGCUCCGAGGCAGAGUGCCAGGAGCGGAGGGCGGUUCUCGGGCGCUACAGCUACCCCAACGCGUGGGGGGAGUACUAUACCGUGUGCAACAGCCGCGAGCGCGUUGUCACGCGCCAUCGCGUGUUUUUGAAUGCACCGGAGUGGAACCGUGUGCUGUCGAGGGCGAGGGAUGAGGUGUGCGAAUCAUUCAAGGGGGACGUGGCCUCCAUCCUAGACGAGAGCGACGUCUCGCAUCUCACCUUCAGUGGGUCCCUCGAGAUCACCUUCAGCGUUGCGCACGCGGUCCAGCGCAAAGUGCGUGAGUUGAAUCAGCUGUUACGCGACGGUGAUUACUGGCGAACAUGGAAUUCCUACAAGCGUGUCACCGGCGUGGCCCACUCCGGCGCGUCCCCGCUGCCGCCCCCGAAAAACAGCGUGGCAGCUCCCACCGACCUCAACGACAUCAACAGCGACAACGAAGAGUUAGUCGUCUCGCGACACCGCCUCCGCUUCCCCGGUGACGCCUGGACUGCUGCGGUCGCGCAACUCGGCAGUCGCAAGGUCAGCGACGCGAUCACGACGGAUGUGUGCAAGGCCUUGAAAGCGCGAAGGCGCGACGUGUACGUGACGACACUCAAGGAAGGCAGCUUGGUGGCCGACUUGCAGCUGACUCAUCUGUCCACGCAGACCAAGGCGUCAAUCGACGCCGUCUUUGCGGUCUACGCAUUUCCCGCAACGUGGCGGCUUUUACCCGGGCAGCGCGACACCAUGGGAACGCCGCCCAUUCCGCUGGACGUCGCCCACACCUCUGCCGAGUACAAGCUCACGACCCUGCGCGUGCGACUCGACGGUGCGGAUUGGGCGACGGUCACCGCCACUGACGAAGACAAGCUGCGCAACGUCUUCUGCGCCGAUGUCACGACGUGUUUCGCGGGGCUGCAACACGUUAUUCGCGACGUGAAGUUCUCGGUCGGCAGCUUACGUGCCGUGCUCCGUGUCGAGCACGACUUCGCGGUCACCAGAGACCAGCUGGAGGGUCUGCUGAUGAAGUGCGACUUUCACAACACGUGGUCGUAUUACGAAGGCUGUGUGGCGCGGAAGCUCACGCUGAUGAAGGACAACAGCCGACAUCAAAUCGUAUUCGCUGGCGACAGAUGGGUACGCGCCAUCCAGGAGCAGCGGGAGCCGAUGCGCAAGGCACUCAUCCACGACGUUGCCGAGCAGCUCCUCAUUCCAACUUCCAACAUCACCGACAUUCACUUCGAAUCGGGCCCCAGGGUUUUCUUCCUCGUUAAGCAGCUUCCAGGCCUCACGCGACGCACCAUUGAUGAGCGGCUGGAGAAGGGCACAUUUCCGCGAAUGAACGCGCUGUGCGAGAAGGUCGCCGCGCCUGCCGGUCCCGCGACCCCCGACUCGAUGCAGGUGGAGAGCUUGGCCGAGGCCGACGUAGACGCGGUGGCCAAUGCACCGAGUUCGCGCGGGACGGCUUCCAUUGUCGAGUCCCCCAUCUCCGAGGACACAGUGGUGAGCCGCCACCGCGUCCGCUUUGAGGGGCCGGACUGGAAGAAGGUACUGGACACGCACGAGGCGGAGGUGCGCAGUGCCUUUGUUGCCGACAUUGAAGGGGCGAUCGGCGUGCCAGAAGAAACGGUUCAGAUCGUGUCCUUCGAGCUAGGGAGUCUCGUCAUCAUCUGUGAAAUCGCCCACUCGCCUGCGUUAGACCGCAGAGACAUCGACCAAAAGCUCAGCAUGUACGAGUAUCCCAACACAUGGACCGUGUAUGUGGACGCGGCGCCAAAAUCAGCCGAUGAGCACGACCUCUACACCACAACUCACCACCGCGUGCAGCUCGACGGUCCCCUCUGGGACGUCGUUGCGGAGAAGAAUUCGGACGUGCUGAGGAAAGCAUUCUGCAACGACGUCGCAGGCACGCUGUCCCUGUCCCCCGACGACCUCAUCAACGUCAGCUUUUCUCACGGCAGCCUGUUGGUGGACUUCGAUAUUGAACACCCAUGCGACUUGACACCUGCAAAGAUAGACGAGGGUCUGGCCACGUGCCCAUACAAGAAGACGUGGGAGAUUUACGGAGCGCACUACAACAGCCUCUACACGCAAGAGACACGACACCGCGUUCGCCUCGAAGGCAACCACUGGGAGACAGUGAUGAACCGCCAAGAGACCGAACUCAUUUCUGCCUUCAGAGAAGAUGUAUCCAAGGCAACCGAGCUACCCAUCUUUGCCGUAUCCGAGUUGGAGCUUAAGUUAGGAAGCCUCAUCAUCGACUUCACCCUGCGUCACGGCGAGCAAACGCGCCAGUUCUACGAUGACAAACUUGCCCAGUGGUCCUUCCCACAGACCUGGUCGCUGUACAAGUCGCCGGCAGAGCCGCAGUCCAUCGCGCCGCUGCCCACCGUCACCACCUCACACCGUGUUCGCCUUGAAGGCGAUCUUUGGUCGUCGGUUAUCCGCUACCAGCUCACCGCCCUCAUUGAAGCCUUUCAAUCCGAUAUUAGCCUUGCCUGCGACCUGCCCAAGGAAAACUUCGGCGAUUUCGUCUUCAACGAGGAUGUGUUUCGCGUGCAGUUUACCUGUGACCAUUCCCCGGACCUCACCGCGAAGGACAUUAAUAAGGCACUGGGCAAGUCAGCGUUCUUGAACAGCUUCGCGCUAUACCCCGCCUUUGCCACGAGCAACUCCCAGUCGUUCACUCGUAUACGCCACAACUCUGAACAGCAAGAUGAAAUCGUAGCAACGCGCCAGCUGCUUUCCGAGACGGCUACACCGCUGCGCGCACACGCCGAGCAACUACCUGUUUUGAAGACCAGCGAGGAGACACACGCAGAGGACGACCUCGUUGGGCUGCGGUUCCGGUCCGAAAGCGACAACGCCGAACACAUGACGCCGCUCCGCCGUGAGAAGUUGCAACUCCAAGCCAAGGAAAGCUACAUGUCCCUCGACGGACUAACAAACUCUGAUUCCCUUAAAGUAGCGACCACAAAUAUUGCCGGUUCGACACCCACCCCGGAACGCACGACACACCUUGUACAGCUUGAGGGCAACGACUGGGGCUGGGUGCUGGAGAAUUACAGCGAGCUGCUGCACAACGAGUUCACGAAGGACGUGUCCAACGCGACGUCGCUGCCGCAGAGCGCCGUGCAGCACCUGGUGUUUGCGCUUGGUAGCCUGUUAGCAGACUUUAGACUGGAGCAUAACGGGCUGCCACAGGACCAACUCGACAAGCAGCUGAGUCGCUACCAUUUUCCGCUAACCAUGGCGCUGCACAAUCACCUACCGGACCAUUUGACGCCGUUAGCACCUGCGGAAAAGGUUCCAGCGCUGCAGCGCGUCGGCACGCCGGAGGAGGCCUACCUCGCCGCACAACACGAGGCUGCGCCGGUUGCCGCGCGCUCCGUCGAGGGACAGCCGCUGCGGGACAACGAGAGCUUCAUGUCGCUGGACCCGCUGGACGAGCCGCAACGCGCCGCCGCCGAGGAGGCACCCGCACUGCGCCGCGUCGGCACACCCGUGCAGGCCAAACGAACGCGCACGACACACCUUGUACAGCUUGAGGGCAACGACUGGGGCUGGGUGCUGGAGAAUUACAGCGAGCUGCUGCACAACGAGUUCACGAAGGACGUGUCCAACGCGACGUCGCUGCCGCAGAGCGCCGUGCAGCACCUGGUGUUUGCGCUUGGUAGCCUGUUAGCAGACUUUAGACUGGAGCAUAACGGGCUGCCACAGGACCAACUCGACAAGCAGCUGAGUCGCUACCAUUUUCCGCUAACCAUGGCGCUGCACAAUCACCUACCGGACCAUUUGAUGCCGUUAGCACCUGCGGAAAAGGUUCCAGCGCUGCAGCGUGUCAGCACGCCGGAGGAGGCUCGCCAAGUGCCUUCAAUCAGCGGGGCACCGCCGCGCUUCAUGUCCGUUGCGGAGCCGUACGACGAGGGCUUCGUCCGCCGCGACAUGCACGAGGACGAGCAGCCGGAGCCUGUGGUUGCCACUGAGGGCGAAGCGCCACAGCUGCGCCGCACCGGCACGCUACAGGAGCCUUACGAAGUGCCUUCAAGCAGCGGGGCACCGCCGCGCUUCAUGUCCGUUGCGGAGCCGUACGACGAGGGCUUCGUCCGCCGCGACAUGCACGAGGACGAGCAGCCGGAGCCUGUGGUUGCCACUGAGGGCGAAGCGCCACAGCUGCGCCGCACCGGCACGCUACAGGAGGCUCGCCAAGUGCCUUCAAUCAGCGGGGCACCGCCGCGCUUCAUGUCCGUUGCGGAGCCGUACGACGAGGGCUUCGUCCGCCGCGACAUGCACGAGGACGAGCAGCCGGAGCCUGUGGUUGCCACUGAGGGCGAAGCGCCACAGCUGCGCCGCACCGGCACGCUGCAGGAGGCUCAACCCUCCGAUCGCGGCGGCGAGGCGGCUGCUGGUGCACUUUUAGUGUCGCGCUCGUCUGUGGAAAGCAGAUUAACCCCGCGUGUCACCUAUCACGAAAUUGUCCUGCCAGGUCACGAGUGGUACAAGGUUAUUAACUUGCCGGAGCUGGCGGGUGCUUUCCGGGUAGACUGCGCGAUGGCGCUUGACAUCCCACCAAAGUACAUCCGCGAUAUCGCCCUCGCUGCAGGGAGUCUGAUGGGCUCCGUUCACGUUGUCCACUCAGCGGAUGAGUGGAGCGCGGACGAGACGGAUGUAAAACUGUGCAACUACCACUUCCCCGAAACGUGGAAGCUGUACCCCAGCUUCCCAGACCCCAAAAUGGUCCACUUCUUUGACGGAGGGACUGCCUCGGCAGCCCUGCGCAAUGACGACUCGCAGGUGUGCUCCGCGCAGCGCGAACUGCCGGAAGACGACCGCGACCUCUCCACGUCCGCCUCGACCCAUAAACUGCCGUGUCGGCCGAAUUCCGCGGUGGAGCGAAGUGAUAGGAACGAGCUUCCAAUCCGCAAUCGUCGGCACUCCGCACCGAUAGACGCGCCGCAGGUGCCGGAGAGCCUGCCGGUGAGGGAUGAACCGGUGGAAGCGCGUGAGAAGACGCCGACUGACGUUGCGGCUUCGGCGGCGUCUACGGCCGCGUUGACGCCUCCGGAGUUCGAACCCCUCGAUAACGUCUCUACUGUCCCUUCGGUGGAUGUCUCUGCUGUGCAGUCGAAGGUGCGGUACACCGUGGAAGAUCCGUCGCUGUUGCCCGACCCCGCCGCGAUGGUGAACACGCGCCACCGCGUUGGCUUCGUCGGUGAGCGUUGGCCGAUCAUCCUGAAGGAUGAACGGGAUGCCUUCACAGCAGCCUUUAUCAAAGGCACAGCCGCCAAGUUGGGCUUUGCACCGGAGACGGUGGACAAGGUGCAGAGCAGCAGUGAAACCGGCGACACGAUCGUGACAUUUCACAUCAAGCACCCCAGCUCGAUGCCGAGUAAGAACAUCGACGUGAUGUUGCGCACGGCGCCGUACGAGGAUGUGUGGAAGCUGUACUACGGUAGCGUGAACGGCGGUGAAGAGCUCCACGCCGGCGAGACGACUUCGGUCCACCGCGUCGGCUUUGUGGGCAACAAGUGGAGAGAGGUGAUUGACUGCGACAACGAACGCUUCCGCAACGCUUUUGCGGUGGACACGGCGGCGGCGCUGAACCUUUCGCCGCAGGCGGUGAAGAUUGCGGACUACGCCGUGGCGGAGGACAUUGUGGUGGACUUCUACGUCACUCACCGCGACACGGAGUCGGACGCGGCUAUUGAUGAUCGGUUGGAACUCUACGACUACCGCCGCGUGUGGGAACUCUACGGCAUCCCCAACGAGGCGGAUGAGCGCUCGCGUGAUGUGCCACUCGUCAUGAAACGCAGCCCGGCGUCACGGCACCUGCGCUCGCACGAAUCGAGCACCGUCUUGGACCUCGCCGAAACGUGUCCGACGUGCCGGCGCCGGUGGUCGCCGGGGCACGUCCCUCUCGUGUCCCACUCGAGCCAUUUGCAAGUGCGCUUCACACCCAGCUACACCAGCUCCAACGGUGACGCCGUCCAGGACUCACUCCGAGAAGGCAGCACCCCGCUGGCCCGUCAUACGACGCCACCGCGCUACAAACGACGCCUGCGUAACGGCAGUCCGGCGACAGGCGCGGAGGGGCGCACACCGCACCUGCGCAGCGGCGAGGCCGAGGGCGGAAGUCGGCAGUGGGGAGCCCAGACAUCGCCGCGUGUGCCGCGGUACGCCGAUGGUGGCCAUCACAACAGCACGAACACGAGCCUCGUGCCACACCCGCCGCGGCAGCGACGUCUGAGCAGUGCCACGCGCCACCGUCAGCGCCGUGUCAACCUGCGGGAGUUGGAAGGGGAGUUGUCCCGGAAAGAGCGGGAGCGUACCUACCAUGAACGUCAGGAUCAGUUGGACCGCGAGAUGCGCCGCUCGAUGACGCUCAGUCGCACGUCGCUCAGCACCACCUCACCCAACACCUCCGUCUCGCGCAGCUUCCUGCCAUCCAUCCCCGCACGCUACACAAAGAUGCGCCCUAACAAGAACGGCUUCAUGAACGGUGUGAGCAAGACUGCCGAUCAGUAA